CAGAAAUCAGAACAAAACAAAAGAGGAAACCACUUUCCCACUCAGCGUCGUCACCAACCCCACUGUCACAGCCGCUGCCACCAUUCCCCACCAACCGAGGUAACCUUUUACCUUACGUGCCACGUACCAACAAUACUCGCCACCACCCAAGCUCUUCAACCCGCUUCGAGCUAGACUACGAGAGAGAGAGAGAGACUACAGAGCGACAAUGGCGGCGAUUGCGCUCCGCAGGCUCUCCUCCACUCUCAAGUCUCCGAUCAAACCUUGCUUCAGUGGCGGUUCCUUCUAUUCCAUGUCUUCCUUGCCUAAUCCAGCAGUUCCCGGCAAAGACACCGCUCGCGCCGCCUGGAUAAAGCAAUUGAACGCACCGCUAGAGGAAAUCGAUCCGGAAGUAGCUGAUAUCAUUGAACUUGAGAAAGCCAGACAAUGGAAGGGACUUGAACUUAUACCUUCAGAAAAUUUCACUUCAGUUUCUGUAAUGCAAGCUGUUGGUUCUGUUAUGACCAAUAAAUACAGUGAGGGUUACCCUGGAGCAAGAUACUAUGGUGGAAACGAGUACAUUGACAUGGCUGAGAGCUUAUGUCAGAAGCGUGCUUUAGAAACCUUUGACUUGGAUCCUGCAAAAUGGGGAGUCAAUGUGCAGUCUCUAUCUGGAUCUCCUGCUAACUUUCAAGUUUAUACUGCCUUGUUAAAACCUCAUGAGAGAAUCAUGGCCCUUGAUCUGCCACAUGGAGGUCAUCUUUCACAUGGUUAUCAGACUGAUACAAAGAAGAUAUCUGCUGUGUCCAUCUUUUUUGAGACCAUGCCAUACAGAUUAAAUGAGAGUACAGGUUAUAUUGAUUAUGAUCAGUUAGAGAAUAGUGCUGCACUCUUUAGACCAAAACUCAUAGUUGCUGGUGCAAGUGCUUAUGCACGCCUCUAUGAUUAUGCACGUAUUCGCAAAGUCUGCGACAAGCAAAAAGCUGUUUUGUUGGCUGACAUGGCACACAUCAGUGGGUUGGUGGCAGCUAGUGUCAUCCCAUCUCCAUUUGAAUAUGCUGAUGUUGUAACGACAACAACUCAUAAAUCGCUUCGGGGUCCUCGUGGGGCGAUGAUAUUCUUCAGGAAAGGGGUGAAAGAAGUUAACAAACAAGGGAAAGAGGUGAUGUAUGACUAUGAAGAUAAGAUUAACGCGGCUGUCUUUCCUGGACUUCAAGGUGGUCCGCACAAUCACACAAUUACUGGUUUAGCAGUUGCACUGAAGCAGGUUAAAACCCCUGAAUAUAGGGCCUAUCAAGAGCAAGUUCUCAGUAAUUGUUCAAGGUUCUCGCAGAGCUUACUGGAUAAAGGCUAUGAACUAGUGGCUGGUGGAACAGAUAACCAUUUAGUCUUGGUGAACUUGAAAAACAAGGGUAUCGACGGGUCAAGAGUUGAAAAGGUUUUGGAAUCAGUUCAUAUUGCAGCUAAUAAGAACACAGUUCCUGGGGAUGUGUCAGCCAUGGUUCCUGGUGGUAUUCGCAUGGGGACGCCGGCUCUCACAUCCAGGGGGUUCAUUGAGGAAGACUUUGAGAAAGUAGCUGAGUUCUUCGAUGCAGCUGUCAAGUUAGCAUUGAAGAUCAAAGCUGAUUCUAAUGGACCCAAGUUGAAGGACUUCACCGCAGCUCUAAAGUCAGAUGCACAACAAUCUGAGAUUGCAAAGCUUCGUCAUGAUGUUGAGGAGUAUGCAAAGCAAUUCCCCACUGUAGGCUUCGAGAAGGAAACGAUGAAGUAUAGAGACUAAAGAAAGAAAGAAUGGUGGCUGUAACAUCAUCACAAGGCACGCCCUGUCCACUUUGACAACAAAAUAUCGCGAAGGCUGUUCAUAUGCUUCACAUGAGAUCAGUAAUUUGAUUCUGUAUACAACAAUGAAUCGAAGCGUAGGGGAUUGAGAAAUGAGCAACAUGAUUCAGCUUGCUGUCAUUUGCCUGCAAGCGCUUUUCCUCCCCUUUUUUUACAAGAAAAACAACGCGACUGCUAGGAGAAAUCAAUUGUAUUUUCAUUGGGUCGAAUGCAAAAUUUUCAGCCGCCAAUUUGCCAAAACUCAUUGUUUGUGGAAACGAGAUGCUUGAAUCAGGCAUUUCCUCACCCAAUUAGAGUCCCUUCUCGACCCAAUGGAAGCCUCUUAAACGACGUCUGCAUUCCUCCCUUGGUUCCUGCUGCUACGUACAGCUACAAGCCUACAACCCGUGGCAUUGCCCAAAGUUUUCGACUGCAACGGGCCCUGGAUGAUUUGAGCUGCUGCUUUUCUUAGUCUUCUUCCUCAUCAUCUGCUUUCCCACAGGUUUGGAGCUAUGCCUGCAACUGACACUGCCCACCACCAUGGUUUCUGCUACAACUUCCAUCACAUCGUCGUGUCCAUCCAGUAUCUGUCCCGAGCUUUCUAACUUGCUUUGCACGACAUCUCAUAUACUUAACGUCACCAACAGUAUCACUUGCAAGCAGGCAAUAUGCUAGAACCGAGUCUUCUCGAGUUUCUAGAAUCUUUCUGCAUUAUCAUACAUUUAUUUAAGCAUUGGUUAAUUUGUUGUUUUGGAUUAUUUUAGUACUUUUGGGAUACUUAGGAGUUAUUUGAUUAAUUGGUACUGGGGAAGUGUUGAGAAACGGGACAACAACUACAAGCAAGAAUAGAAUGAACAAGACACGAUUUC